AAAGGAUGCAGGAAAUUCUGUUUACAUGUGUCUGUAGCACUGAGCAGCAAGAGGAGCCCAGCGAGCCCAGAGAGUAUGAAAUUAGAUUAAGAAUCAAAACAUGAAUCUAGACUCUGUCCAUAAAUUAUCUGACAAGACACAGGUUUUCAAUAUCCAACAAAGACAGUCUUAUGAACUAGCUGAAGGUAGAAAAGCAACAGGUAACCUCUGUAACUCAAGUUUACCAUCUCAAAGGCUCCAUUCAUACUCCUCUCAUCAUCCUUGUAUGCCUAUUAGUAACAACAAUGACUGGGAGAUUUCUGAAGAGCUCCGACUUCGGGAGCUGGAAGAAGUUAAGACUAGAGCUGCCCAAAUGGAGAAGACCAUGCGCUGGUGGUCAGACUGCACUGCCAACUGGCGGGAGAAAUGGAGCAAAGUUAGAGCAGAAAGGAAUAAAGCCCGGGAGGAAGGGAAACAAUUGAGAAUCAAACUGGAGACCACAAUGAAGGAACUGAAUGCACUGAAAAAGCUAAACCAAGACUUACUAAUUGAAAAGGAAGAGUGGAAAACUGAAGUCACUUGGAAAAAGAAACUCAAUUUCUCAGAUAUGCCCUGUAUGACAGAAAAGGAGUACCAGUUAGUGUGUCUGGAACAAAAACCUGUUAAAGAUGUGAUCAAGAACAAGAUCCUUGUGGUACAAGAAAUGAAUAAGGAUUUGGAGACAACUGAAAACACAUUAAGAAAGAACCAAGGUACGAGAUUCAAUCUGAGGCUUCCUGACUCCUUUGCUCCUCGCAUUGGUCUGGAAAAGCCUAGACAAAAGCUCGACAACAUAGUCCAUCCUCCGGAGAAUGAAUUAAUACAUGUGUCUGCUUUGCAUUUGCAAUUGGAUGAGUCACAGAAAAUCUUACAGAAGGAAGGAGAAAUGCAUUUUUUCCUGGAAAAAGAAGUAGAGAAGCUGGACUCUGAUCUCUCUCAGUGGAAAUGGAAAUAUGAAGAAAUGCGACAGUCCAAGCUGGAGAGCCUGAAACAGCCGAACAUACGACAUGACCUACAGCAAAAUGAAGUGGAAAGGAAUUUUGAAAAUAUAGAGGAUGCAACUGGUGCCCAAACCAAUAUGGACAGAAAGAUGUGUGUAUUAAGAGCAGAGCUGGAGAGACUACAGUCUGAGAAUACCUCUGAGUGGAGAAAGAGAGAAAUACUUGAAACAGAAAAGCAAGGUCUGGAAAGAGAGAAUAGAAGGUUGAAGGCCCAGGUGAAAGAAAUUCAGGAACUUCUGGAUAAGAGAAAUAAACUGCCAUCAAGUAACUUGGGUUCUGAUUUCAAGACAGCACAAAGUGAACUACUGGAAAAAAAUAAGGAGCUCAUUGACCUGCAGCAUGCACACCACAAGCUAAACAAGCAGUAUCAUGAUAAAGUGGCGGAACUGAUGCAUGCAAACAAGAGUGUGGAACAACAUGAGGAUGAGGUUAAGAAGCUGAGAAGUCGGGUGGAAGAUCUAAAAAGAGGGCUAAACCAGGCAGAGGAUAAGCUCGAUGACUCACUAAACCAGAUUCGAAAGCUACAGCGAUCUCUGGAUGAGCAGACAGAGGCAAAUGACAAUUUACAGAUUCAGCUUAAUCAUUUGAAAAGCAGGUACAGUGAAUGUGAUGGACAGGGAAAGAGAGAGGGAUCCCAUGGAGUUUCAGUCCCUAUCUUGAAAAACAUUUCCAGCUGAGAACUAAGAG